ACUCCAUUUGUCACGACAGCUCUCGUCUGUCACAGACAUUUCUUUUAUCUUUGCAAAUUUUGUGGUUUCUUCGCAUUUCCCUGUGCAAAUAUCUAUCAAAAUUCAUUCAUUAACAUUGCAAAUAGCAAUAUUCAUGUUAUUCAUACCUCACCCAGCGAAAACAACAAAGUGUGGAGUGAAUAAAGUAAAUUAGAGUGUCUACAAGAGAGAACACUGCAAAGUGCAGAGCAAAACUCUCUCUUCUGACAGUUUGCAAUUGCGCUUUACAGCCUGUCUAGUAUAUUGAAUAUAAAUUCACUUUGGUAUUCCUGUGCAAAAAAAAAAUGAGCAAGAGAGUACAACUUGUGCAGAAGAAGUUGGUGGUUUUGAAAAAAGUAUAUGAACUCAAGUCGACACUUUUUGCUUCACUUAAAGAAAGUAAUGUAACUAAAACCGAUAAGGAGGAGGGUUGGAAGGAAGUUUUGCGAGUAGCUCAGUCAGUUGGAUUGGUUAAUUAUACGAAAAACUGGACUUUCGUCAGAGAUAGUUUGUACUCUGUUUGGAAAAGUCGAACUUUGAGUAAAAGAGAAAACGUAAAAGGAGGAUCAAAACAGAAGUUUGAUGCUGUAGAUGAUAUGAUCAUGAAAAUAAUUGAAGUGGAUCCUUUGUCUGUGGGCAAAGUGGAAGAUGUGGCUGAUGUUGAGUCAGUUGCUGAGUAUGAUGUGCCAGAAACUUCAAUGCCAACAGAAACUCCUAGCAGAAAAAGGAAAGCCCGAGAAAGUGAUGAACACGAAUAUGACAUAGAAGAAAAGAUUCUCAAUGUGGAAUUGAUGAGAGUGAAGAUUUACAAAGCUAGGCUUAAGUGCCUAGCUUUGGAGAGAAAUCUUGGAGUACCUCUUUCAGAAAUUACAAAACCAUUGCUUGAAGAUCCAAAUAAUGCAGAUGACACAAAAUUGUUCUUAUUGAAGUAAAAUAAUAAAGCAUAAUAAAGUAUGUCCAAGGACAGUAUCUGGAAGACAUCGACUUCUUGCAUAUCAUUUAUGAAAUACACUGCAAAAAAAUCAACUGUGUCACGGAUGAAGGUGCUAGUGGGGGCGACACUUGUCAUCACACUCCCUCCUAUUUCAGCUUUCUUUCUGUCUCUGUCGAGCUGUGGCUACAAUAUGACAUU